AUGUCUACAUCAUCAUCACAAAACCCCACUUCUUUAAAACAAGUUUUAGCAACAACUCCAUUAUUACAUUUAAUACCAAAACAAAAUUUAAGUCCAUUAAUUAAUUUAUCACUGUUUAUUCCAAUAACUGAUGAAUCAUCUUUUUUAAGACCAACUCAUAUAAAUGAAUUUAAUACUUUAGAAUCAAAACAGUUUGAAUUGGAAUGUCAAAAAGAAUUAUUAGAAUUUGAAGAUGAUGAAUUAGAUAAUAUAAAAUUUAAAAGUUAUCCAACAAUAAAAGAUGAUAAUUUUCAACCACCAGAAUAUUCAAAUUUUGAAUUAGAAAUUUUAAAUAAUAUUAAUAUAAAUAAAAAAAAAAUUAUUGAUACUGAUGAUGAUGAACAAAUUCAAACUUCAAGAAUAUCAGUAAGAGGUCAAAUACCAAUUGAUGAUGAUAUUUAUUUAAAAAAACAUAAUUAUAAAUAUUUUACAAAAUUUGAAAAAGAAAGUUCAACUUUAAUUGAUAGAGAUGCAUUAUUAAAACAACAAGCAACAAUUGAAAUUCAACAAAAUCUACCGUCGACUUCAUUUAAUGCUCUGGCUCCAAAUCCUGAUGAUAAAUUAGCAACUAUUGGAGUUUCAGAUUUAAAACAAUUUAUUCAAAAUAGUCAUAAAUUAACAUGGGAAAGAACUGCAGGAUUAUGUGAAUCAUUAAAUAAAAUAGAGACUUUACAAGAUGAAGAUAGAGCAGAUUUAAUUAUAAUUGAAGAAAUUUUAUAUCAAAAUUUAAGUAUAAUUGUUGAAAAAAAACAAACAUUAAAAAUUGUUGAUGAUGUUAAUACUUUAUUACCUGAUUUUUUAAUUGGAACUUUUGCUUCUAAAGCACUUAUGAUAAUUAUUAAAUAUCAAAUUGGAAAACAAAUUAAAAUGUCAUUUGGAAAAUAUACUCUGAUAAUUGUUAAAACUUUAGAAUUAAUGUAUGAGAAUUUUUUGGUUCCAUUAGAAAAAUUAUUUCAAGAAAUUACUGAUUUAUUUGCUGAAAAAUCAAUUACAAAAUUAGUCAUUGAAUCAAGUAAUAGAUUUAAACAAUUGGAUUCAUUAAAAACUGCUUUUGAAGAUGAAAGUAUAGCAAAAUUAGAAGCUUUAUGUAUAACAAUAUCAUUAAGUGGGAAAUUCAAUGAAUCUGAAGCGUUCUUAGAAAAAUUACCAAUAACUAUACUUCAACAAAAUGCAGCAACUUGUUUAAUAAAUAUCUUUAAAAAUCAUAAAGAUCAAAGACUAAAUUUAGUGCUGAAUGUUUUAGUUGAUUUUACCUCACUUGAAUAUAAACGUCAACAUGCAAGAAAAUUCAAGACCGAAAGAGGAUUUAAUAUUCAAUUGUUUACCAUGAUUUUAAAUAACUUUGCAUGUUUAGAUCCCGAUCCAACAAAUAUAACUGAAUUAAUAAGUGCUGAAAUUAUUAAAAAAUUACCUGAACAACAAGCUGAAAAUAAACUCAGAUUUGAAAUGUUAAUUGAUGAUUUGUUUAAUCUUUUACCAUACCCAGAAUGGCCAGUUGCAGAUAUCAUUUUAUGGUCGCUAAUUGAAAAACUAAUGCUAACUCUGGACAAAGAAGAAUCAAUUCCCGGUGAACUUCAAUUAUUAGACCAUUUGAUUAACAUAUGUGAAAGAAUUCUAAAUCAAAAAUAUGAAAAGGAUAUGUUCCUCAAUGAAGAAGCAUUAAAGAAUAUUUUAGGAAAUUGUUUAGGUUUUGAUGAUACUAAGGUGGCAUAUACAUAUUUAAACACGAGACUUCAAAUUCUUACAAAUAUUAUUAUGGAAGAAGAGCUUAAAAAGAAUAAAAUUCAAGAACCAAUUGAAGCUUAUAGAGCUAUGAUCUUUAGCAGACUUUCUCAACUAGUAAUUACCAAAUCUUAUAGUUUUAUUAUCCGUAAAUUAAGUCAUUCAAAAGCUAUUAUAAGGGCAAAAGCAAUAAAGGGACUACAAAUAUUUUUACAAGAUUUUCCUGAAUUGUUGGCUACUCCAGAGGUUCUAAAACAAUUGACCGAUAGAAUGCAUGAUCAAGCAAUUAAAGUUAGAGAGGCAAUGAAUGAUUUCCUUGGUAAGUAUGCUAAAAAGAACCCAAAUGAUGCUGAAAAAGUUAUUAAUCCAUUAUAUCUUGCAUUAGAUGAUCCUGGUUUAUCAGUUAGAAAAAGUGCAAUAAAAUCUUGUAUGGAAAACUUUAAUUUUGUUGGACCAUUAGCAAAAGUUAAAAUAAGUUUAAAAUUUUUGGAAAGAACAACUGAUGAAGAAGAUGGUGUUAGAAAUGAAGCUGUUGCUGCAUUAUUGGAAAUUUUUUUCAAAGACAAAGAAGGAGUCAAUUUUUUGAUAGGAGUUGCAAAAGACAGUAAGAGUUUGUUGAAACCAUUUUUAGAAAAUAAUUUUGAAAAAAUCCCAGAGAGAGUGGUUCCGGAUCUAGUUGAUCUAAUUGCAAGCUCCGAUAAAAUUGAAGAACUUGAUGGAGCAUUUGUUACACUAGCAAUAAUUACUCAACUAAAACCAGAACUUAUAACUCAAGAUAUAUUAUCCGCAUUAAAACCUUUUUAUAUGGAUACAAAUUAUAUUAAUACUGUGGCAUAUACCAAUGCACUUUUGGUUUUAAAAUCAUCAACUUCAAAAUUAAGUGCCAUACGUCCUGAGUUAUCAUUGGAUAUUCAAAAUUUCUUAUAUCAUAAACUCAUUUUUUUCCAAUCUCAUGAUAUUUCUUUAGCUACUCAAGCUUUAUGGAAUUUAGGUAAAUUAAGUUCGACUGAGUUAAAAGGUGUAUCUGCUGUAAUUUCAGCUAUGAGAAAUAUAAGAACAUUUCAUGAUCAAAAGACUUAUGAUAAGAUUUUCAAACACCUACAAAUAUUAGGAAGUUUUGGUAAAUAUUUUCAACUUCAAAAAUUUAGACACGUAUUUGUUCAAGAAGGAAUAGUACCUCAAAGUUGCGCUACAGUUAUGUCAAUUCUUGUUAAAUAUAUAAUAGCAUUCACUUCUGAUAAAUUUCCAAUGGUGCUUAGAAAAUAUGCUUAUACAAAUAUUAUACUUGCAUGUUCAAAUAAUCCAACUUUUAUGACUGAUAAUGCAAUACUACGAAUAAUUGAAAAUGGGCUUGGGUUGGAUGAUGAAAUAAAAUUCAAUAUCAUUAGGGUAAUUUCAGAGUUUAUAAAUGAUAAUGGUGAAAAAAUCGAGUCAACUGAGUUUAAUUCAAAUGAAAAUCCUGAAAAAAAUAAAGAUUCUGGAUAUAAUACAUGUUGUGUAUUAGUUGAUAGAUUUUAUAAUACAAUUUCAGAACUUAGUUUAAAAGCUACAUCAACAGAUUUAUCAGAACUAGCAUUUGUAUUUGUUAGAAAAUCUUUGAAAUUAGGUUUGAUAAUACCAAUGAAAGGGAUCAAAAUUAUAAUAGCAUUACAUGGAUCAGCAAUUUUAAGGAUUCAACAAUCAGCUCAUGAAUUAUAUCUGGAAUUUUAUGAUAAAAAUAAAUCAUUUGUUGAUACUCAACAUAUAGCUGGUAUAAAAUUAGCUUUUGAAAAUGAAUUGAUUGCAAAUAAUAUCAUAUCGUUACUUUAUGCUAAAAAUAAUAAAACUAAAACUUCAAGAAAUAAAUUUAUUACAUCUAUAUCAAGAUUAUUUGCAAUAAAACAUAAGAGUCAAAUUACAAAAGAUGAAUUAUUAUUUAUUGUUUUCAUAAUUGAAAGAAUCUACAAAAUUAAAUUCAAAACAUUGGAAGAAAUUUUCAUUAUAUUAGAACAAUUACAAAAUACUUUACAAUAUACUGUACCUGAAUUCAUUAGCGAUUUAAAAGAUAACGGAGUUAAACCAGAUGAUCAUUACAAAGGGUUAUUAUUACAUUUGUUAUUAGAAUUUUAUGAUUAUCUAACUACAAUGUAUAAUAUAAGUUUAGAAAAUAUUGAAGCAUUCACAGCAAGAUAUUUAGAAUUAGAUUUAGAGCAAUCACCAAAAAUUUUAAAAGCACCCCCUGAAUUACAUUUUGGUUGGAUAUUUGAUAAUGUUGAUGAUCCUAAAUCUUUAGAAAGAGCAGCUAUAACUGCUAAUAAAUCUAUUUUCAAUCAAUAG